UUGGCACGUUUGAGCACUAUAAAAUGUGGACACCUGCCAAGUACUCCAUUGUCACUCUCUCUCUUCUCUCUAUCUCUCUCUUCACAUCACACACAGCAAUGGACAGUGGAGGUGGUUUUCAUGGCUACCGCAAGCUCCCCAACACUACCUCUGGGACGUUGAAGCUAUCAACAGUGUCUGCAGGAGGAGAACAGUCCAACAACAACAACCAUUCAACAGAACAAGACAAUGAAUGCACUGUUAGAGAACAAGACCGUUUCAUGCCAAUUGCAAAUGUGAUAAGGAUCAUGCGUAAGAUUCUACCUCCACAUGCAAAAAUCUCUGACGAUGCAAAGGAAACAAUCCAAGAGUGUGUAUCUGAGUACAUCAGUUUCAUAACUGGUGAAGCAAAUGAACGAUGUCAAAGAGAGCAAAGGAAGACAAUAACUGCUGAAGAUGUUCUUUGGGCUAUGAGUAAGCUAGGGUUUGAUGAUUACAUUGAGCCUCUUACGAUGUAUCUUCAUCGUUACCGUGAGCUUGAGGGGGAUCGUACUUCAAUGAGAGUUGAACCAUUGGGAAAGAGAACAAUCGAUCAAUAUGGAGGUGGUUUAGGUGGUUUUGUUCCACAGUUUCAUCUUGGUCAUCCAAAUGGAGGGUAUUAUGGUAAUCCACAAGCUUACAUGAUGAGGGAUGGUAGUAGUAACAAUGCACCAAAUGCUGCUGGAGGUUCUUCUUCUCAUUCUCAAGGUGGACAUGGACAUCGACAUGGACAUGGACAUGGAAAUGCUGAUGUCAAUGGACAUCAUCAUCAUCACCAUCAUCAUCAAUAUAAAUGAUGAUAUAUAGUAUCUAUUAUAUUAUAUUAUAUUCUACAACAACAAGACUUGUUAGUUUAACUAUGAGCAGUUGUUUUGUUUCAUUUGAUUUGAUUAUGAACAUCAAAGGAAAAGCUAGUUAGAGAAUUCAUAUCCUAACUAUGUAGUACUCAAAUUAAUAACUUGAUUUGCUUUUCUUUAAA